AGUGUUCGGUGUCUGAGCAUUAAAGAGCCGUGUGGUUCCUGCUUUUCAAAUCGAAAGCUGCUCUUCAGGUUGGCUGAUGUGGCCUCCAGGCGGCCCCACAACUUCCUCCGCCUGGGCCUGCAUCCAUGGAGACAGCAGCUCACAUCAGGCAGCGCUGGGAAGGGACAGUGGAGCCUGAGAGUGGCUGAUGGGAGGGUUUGGGCUCAGCAGGAGGCUGCUGGAGCUCUCCUCCGCUCCCCACACUGGUCUGUGUGUGGUCAGCAGGGCUUCUGCUUGACCCCUGAGAGAUGAGCUCCCGUGGCUUAGCCCUGGCACCUCCAGCCAAGAACGUGCUGGUGUAUCGCAACGGUGACCCCUUCUUCCCCGGGAGGAGGUUUGUGGUGAACCAGCGGCGGUUCCUGACCUUGGAGAUGUUCCUGAACGAGGUGACCAAGAGCAUUGAUGCACCCAUGGCCGUGAGGAACCUCUACACCCCCCAGCACGGCAGCCGCGUGGCGGGGCUGGGGGACCUGCAGGAUGGGUGCCAGUACGUGGCUGCGGGCUUUGAGAGGUUCAAGAAGCUCGACUAUUUAAAUCAUGGAAGGAAGGAGCUCCAUGGAACAAGGAACAACGAGGGUCUGCAGUUCCACGCUGCAGCUCCCUGGAAGUCCCGAUGGCAGAAGGACACCCGCCUGCCCUGCACCAUCCAUGUUUUCCGGAAUGGGGAUUUGCUGAGCCCUCCUUUCCCUCUGCCAGUCUCCAAGAGCACCCUGCUGCAGUGGGAUUCACUCUUGGCCACGGUGACAGAGAAAGCCGCCCUGCACAGCGGAGCUGUCAGUAGGCUCUGCAGGCUGGAUGGAACCUGGGUGUCUGGUGGAGAGGAGCUGGUGAAUGGUGGGUACUAUGUGGCAGUGGGAAAUGAGGAGUACAAGAAACUGCCUUACUUUGAGCUGCUGGUGCCCCAGGAUCCUGCCAGGAGGACACUGUGGAACCACCCAAAAAACAGGAGCAAAAGGCACCGCCGGAGGCUUGGGGAACUCUGUGCCACCUCCCAGGGCAGAGCUGGUGACUCUGCUCUCGCUGAACCACCUCAACAGCUGGAUGGUCGCAGGAUGCAGACCACAGGAGCUGCAGAGGAAGACAAGAUCCCAGCUGCUUUUCCACAAGUGCAGAGGCAAGCCAGGAAAUCUCACCUCAAAGAGGAGUCCCUUUUCCAUGCUAAACCUCUUUGUGCGGGACAAAACAGAAGGAGCAACAGGGAUGUGCAGCACUGGCCUGAUGAAGAGGAAAGUGUCCAUAAAACCAGAGAUCUGAGGGAGGAGAUGCGAGCUGCCCAGGAAGAGAAAGAGGACAACCACAGAAGAGAGGAUGUACGCAGCGACCAGCACAAAAAGGCUACAGCCAAAUCACCAGGGGCUGUGGCAAGGAAAAGGGAUGCCAGUGACUCUGAGGAUGACAAGCACCAAAUGAUGCUGCCCCUGGCAGGAAAGAGCUCGGAGGAGGUGGCAGAGGGAGUGUGAUAGGAGAAGAGGUACGUUCAGGUGCACCUCUACCUGCACAGCUGCAGCAACAGGAGCAUGUGAAUCCCAGAUUUCUGGACCACCACGGCCUGGCCAAGCUUUCUGAUGGAUUCACAAAGUCUCCUAAAAUCAAGCAUCCUCAUCAUCUGGGCUUGAGAACCACAAUACCAGUGAGCAACGCACCAGAUGCCCAAUAUUGUUAAAUAAUGAUCUUUCCCCUUUUCUGCUGCUUGUCUGAACUCUAAUUCAGCUGGUUUGGAUCUGAACUUGGGAAGAAGGAAUUACUAAAUAGAAUAGAGGCCUUUUACACUUUUCUCUGCCAGGAAGUUUGUUCUCUGUUAGGUACUUCUUAUAAUGAGAUGUCAUUGCAUCACAUCCCUCUGCUUUGGAAUGCUUGGAUGAUGUUUGCAGCAAUCAAACCCAUUCCCCAAAACUAUAUGUAUUUUAUUUCUGUGAACUUGUUUUAGGAGCAGCUGCCUGAUUUCAGAGUAGUCGUAGUAAUAAACAGCUCUUGGAUUGAC